AUGUCUACAAAGUGUCAGGCCACCUCAGCCUUCCAGGCCCAAGACCUCGCCCCCCCAGAUGUUCAAUUUGACGUGACCAGGCGGUUCCUCGCCGACAACGACGACAAUAAGAUCAACCUGGGCCAAGGAACAUACCGAGAUGAGAAUGGACGGCCUUGGGUUCUGCCGUCAGUCAAAAUGGCCAAGGCUAGCCUUGACGAAUUCAACCAUGAGUACUUGCCUAUCCUUGGCUUCCAGCCGUUUCGAGACGAAGCCAGCCGACUGCUGUACAAGGGCACCCGCGCUCUUAACGAGGAUACGAUAGCUUCGUGUCAGUCAUUGUCUGGAUCGGGCGCCCUGCUUCUUGUUACUCUUGCUCUCAAGAAGUUACAAUCAGCGCCGGACACCAUCUACAUCACCGACCCAACCUGGGUCAACCACCACCUCAUGUUCUCUAUAAUCGGUUACAAGGUGGAGAUUCUUCCCUGCUAUAGGGAUGGUGCAUUUGAUUUCGACGCCUACACCGCAUCUCUCCGCCAAGCCAAGGCCGGCUCUCCCGUUGUGCUUCAUACAUGCGCUCAUAACCCUACAGGUUGUGAUCCGACGAAGGAGCAAUGGAAGCUCAUUGGGAGCAUCAUCAAAGAAAAUAAACUUUUCCCGAUUUUCGAUUCGGCGUAUCUAGGCUUUAACAGUGGUUCGUUUGAUGAAGACGCCUGGCCGAUUCGCUAUUUUAUGGAGGUGCUGAGUGUUGAGCUCGCUGUCUGUCUGUCAAUGGCUAAGAGCAUGGGGCUCUAUGGCGAACGCAUCGGCCUCGUUUCUUUUGCGACCCUGGCAAGAGAGUCAUCUCAGAUUGCAGAGUCAGUUCUGCAGUCUGUCCAGCGCAGUACUAUCACCGCCCCUCCAGCCUACGGUGCACGCGUGGCUACUGCAGUCCUCUCGACACCAUCUAUCAGGGAGCAAUGGCAAAAGGAUCUCGUCACAAUGUCAAGCCGUAUACGUCUCAUGCGCAAACGUGCAUAUGAAGAGCUCGUCCGACUGCAGACUCCGGGUGACUGGUCUUGCAUCAUUAAUCAAACAGGCAUGUUUGCCUUUUUAGGCAUUAGCAAGACUCAAAUUAAACAUCUUGAAAGAAAACAUCACAUUUUCAUGGUUGAAACGUCCCGCCUGUCUAUUGCAGGCCUGAAUGAACACAACGUCCGACGCUUUGCUGAGGCCCUUGAUGAGACGGUGCGGCAUGUAAGAUAG